GCGCUGCGCCCAGCGUAGAGUGCAAUAGUUGCAUUCGAGUGUCCGUCGUGCCGCGAGCGCGCAGCGGUGAGACACUGUGCGCGACAGUGCGUGCGUGCGUGCGCGUUCCGCCCGUGGUAUCAGCAAAAAUAUGCAAAAGUAUGAGAAGCUCGAGAAAAUAGGAGAAGGCACUUAUGGCACCGUGUUCAAAGCCAAGAAUCGCGAGACACACGAAAUCGUCGCGCUGAAGCGGGUGCGACUAGACGAUGACGAUGAAGGUGUACCGUCGUCAGCACUACGGGAGAUCUGUCUUCUGAAGGAACUCAAGCAUAAGAAUAUAGUUCGUCUCUAUGACGUGCUGCACAGCGACAAGAAGCUCACCUUGGUGUUCGAGCACUGCGAUCAGGACCUCAAGAAAUACUUCGACAGUCUGAACGGGGAGAUUGACCUGGACGUUGUCAAAUCAUUCCUAUAUCAAUUGUUGAGAGGAUUAGCGUUCUGCCAUAGCCGAAAUGUUCUCCACAGAGACCUCAAGCCACAGAACUUACUCAUCAAUAAGAACGGGGAGCUGAAGCUCGCUGAUUUUGGACUAGCAAGGGCAUUUGGUAUCCCUGUAAAAUGUUACUCGGCAGAGGUUGUCACGUUGUGGUACCGUCCCCCGGAUGUUCUUUUCGGAGCAAAAUUAUAUACAACGUCCAUUGACAUGUGGAGCGCGGGAUGCAUAUUCGCCGAAUUAGCAAACGCCGGCAGACCGCUCUUCCCUGGAUCAGAUGUAGACGAUCAAUUGAAAAGAAUAUUCAAAAUGCUGGGCACACCGACUGAGGAUACGUGGCCAGAUUUAACGACGCUUCCCGACUACAAACCAUUCCCGCAGUAUCAUCCCACGCAAGGAUUGGCGCAGGUUACACCCAAGCUCACUACAAGAGGCAAAGACUUACUCCAGGUAAAUCGUCGUUUAUUUUACUCCUUGAAACAGUUAAAUUGCGAGACAUAAACACAGUUAUUUAGCACUUCUGUCGUACGGAAAAUAUAUUAUCAACAAUAUACGCAAUCGAACUUUAUUGGAAUUAAUAAAUCUAUAAUCUCUAACAACUUAACAAAGAGUGCGAGGUGAAAAAGAAAUAUAAUGGGACUAGAGUGUGAAUGAUUU